AUGCAAGUCACAGUCACAGCCAGAGAACGAGACGCCUUGGAGACAGAGAACGAGCAGAGGCUUGCUGGUGGGCCGCUGCCUGCCAGUCUGCUUCUUCAGGCGGCAUCCCUGGCAGCCCAAGGCAAGGCCGUUAUGAAGUCAGACAGACAGACAGACAGACAGAGAGAAACAGAGAGAGAGAUAGAGGAGCCUGUCAUGUUCAACCUCGGCCGUCGUGGUAGCAUCAUCCCGUCGUCAUCGGCCUGGCCUGGCUGUCAUCAUCCAUCAUCCAUCCUCCAUCAUCAUCAUCAUCAUCAUCAUCAUCCGCCAUCCGCCAUCCACCGUCCACCACCCACCAUCCACCGUCCUGGCCCCGGCCUAUCAGAGAGAGAGAUAAGCGGGUGGAGGGCAAGGCAGGCAAAGACGGCACGAGGAGGUCUUCUUCUUCUUCACUGUCGUCUGUCGUCUCUCCUCCGUGCUGCUGUCGUCUUAUCUCUGCGGUCCAGCGUCUCCUUCCGUCUGAUAUCAACAUCAACCAUCUAUAUCAGCACCCAUCAUCCAUCCAGCUUCAACUAG